AUUUGCAGUUUAAAAGCUUUUCUUGUAGCAUUUUUGUAGUGAAGCCUAUAACGUCAAUGUUUUGCCUUUUUGAAGACCUUUCAGAAAAAUGGACGAAGAAGGUUCUCUUCACUGGGACAAAAUUAACAAACUGGAAAAGGGGAAAAUCUAUAAACAGGGCAAUCUGUUUGAUUUUCUGCGGCUAACAGGCUGGCGUGGGUCCAAGGUCCUUUAUUUUGGUGACCAUUUGUACAGUGACCUUGCAGACCUCAUGCUACGUCACGGUUGGAGGACAGGUGCCAUAGUUCCAGAAUUAGAAACAGAAAUACGAAUCAUCAAUACAGAACAAUAUAUGCACUCUUUGACCUGGCAGCAAGCUCUUACAGGUCUUCUGGAGAGAAUGCAGAUGUAUCAAGAUGCAGAAUCAAAGCAAGUGCUUUUGGAGUGGAUGAAAGAGCGACAGGAGAUUAGGUCACUUGCAAAGAACCUGUUUAACCCCCAGUUCGGUAGCAUUUUUCGAACCUUCCACAACCCAACCUACUUUUCUCGAAGACUGAUUCGUUUUUCUGAUAUUUACAUGGCAUCCAUUAGUUGCCUACUGAACUAUGAUGUGAAUUUUACAUUUUAUCCUCGCCGAACGCCUCUACAGCAUGAAGCUCCUCUUUGGAUGGAUCAGCUCUGCACAGGUUGCAUGAAGACUCCAUUCUUAGAAGAAAUGGUGCACAUUCGAUAAAAGGGAUUAUGACCUGCAUAGUAGAAUCUUAGAUUACUUUCAGGGGAGUGCUGCUAUUUUUUGAUCAUUGUUGUACCUCUGUUCUGAGCAAUAGAAAGGUACCUGAGAUAAAUGAAUAGAAAAGUGACACAAAUUUUACAAAUCUGAAAUCCUGGUGGUAAAAUAUAUUAACCAUGCUUGAUUAUUUUCUAAGAAUAAGUUUUAAAUUUGGCAUCUGUAAUUUAGUCACAGCUGUCUUUGUGUGCUCAGAAGGGUUAGACAUGUUGGUCGGGUUGUAGUGAUUCUGGCUAUAGAGAUUACAAAUCUAUUUCCACUUUAGAACAACAUAUUCAAAAUUUAACUUCCACAUGAAUCCUUGCUAACAUCACAUAUACAAUAUAUGAAAUAAUAGAAAUUUAAAUAGUUCCUAUUCAGUUCGCCAAUCAGUUCGCAUUCAGUUACAAAUUUGAAGAUACUAACUGAUGUAUUUCUAACAAGUUGAGUAUAGUACAGGUCUGUAUAAACCAGAUAUGCCAUUGGACCACAUUCAUUCAUUCAUGUGUGAAGUGACCUCACUCAGAUUCACUAUUUGAUAACAUCAGUUAAUGUGAUAUUAAGUAUGUAAUGGCUCAUUUACACAUUCAAGCCAUCACCUGAUGCUGAGUUUAUCAGAUGAUGUAUAUUUAUAUAUUAAAGCACCCCUAGUUAACAUACAAAAAAGCAGGUUUUCGUAACAGUAGGUGAAUAAAUUAUCUUAAAUUGAGUAACCUAUUUUAUAAAAUGCUAAUUUACUUACUGAAUCUAUAAGAAUUUUUAGACAUCUAAGCAUAAAUAGAUGUGUAGAUUAACCUGUCCUCUAGAUAUUGUAUGCAUAAAAGAUUAAAAUAGUGAUUGCUAGAGUCAUUACCCAACUAUAAUGGAAAGGAUUUUUCCUCUAUUCUAUCACUAACAGCCCACAUAUCAGCAAGAGCUAAAACAAUCAUCAGAAAACAAGUCAGAAGCUUAUGUAGUAUAAAAAUAGUGGUCUCUUAGGAAUGGUGAAUCAUCAAAACCAAAUUGUUUUGUGUUUCAGAAUUUGCAGGGACUUACCACGACCUUUUAAACUUAAUUCAGAGAUGCUCUUUUUUAAAAAGCCUUAGAGAAGGCUUAUGUCUUAGAUUAGAUGUAAGUGUUGCGGGAUUCUUAUUUGUUCUGCAUUUGAUCAUGUAUUGCCAGUCAGGGCCAUUGCUGUAUCAGAGUCAGAUAUAAGAGAUACAUAUUGGGAAUGAAAUGUCCUUGAAUUGGAAGCUCUUAUUUAAGGCUGGAUUUAGGAAACUCUGUAUAUUAAGGUCAAACUUAUGUGUUGGGUUUUACCUGUUAGGUUCUGAAAUGCUGCUAUAAUUCAAGUUAUAUCUAUAAAUGAAAUAAUGAUUGACUGAGGCUACUUAGAUUAUUAGAACUAUUCAAAUUCUUACUAGAGAUGGUUUUCAAGGCAUUGGCUUUCAAACAAUGGAAGAACGCUUGAAUAUUCCAACAAGAUACUGAACCAAAGAAAUCUUUGAGUAGUUACUAUGUUUGUAGUUUGUGAUUUCAUGUUAGGGUCACAUUGGGUGGUCUUCUGGAUGCUAGAUGCAAGAUGAUUACAAAUUGGAAAUUGGAUGUUGUAUACUGUACUCCACAGAAUUUUUAAAAAAGUUUUUCAAAAAGUGCCUAC